AUGGAACGAAACACAUGGGACAGUCCUCAAGUGUUCUCGCCUCGACGAUCAGGAUCGAGCAAGAACACUCGAAGCAAGAAUUGGCACAAUCUAGCCACGAUUGAGAAAACCAAAGCUAUCGUGCCUCAGAUUCUACUUGGGAACGCCGUCCAUAAUGUCAACGGCAUGAACACGGAGAUCCUACAGGACUAUGCCACGCGUAAAGGUCUUGCACUCCCCGAAGACCUAGACCUUAUAAUCUCAGGCUACAGCGAUUCCGAUAUAUUCAGUGGGGAUACCGACGAUGAGGAGGAGGCUGGAACUGGUAUGGUGGCCGAUCAGGGUGCCAGCGAGGAAUCGAGCAGAAGAACCAGCGACAGUGAGGACUGGGAUUCCAUCGCAACCAUGACUCAUCAGCCACAUACACAACAAAUAUAA